AUGGAAAAGCAAGCAGAAAACAAGGUGGAGGAUUUGUCUGCCGGGAAGACCGUCAGUGCAAAGUAUGCGGAUGUCACACUGCGUCUCCUUGAGGAGCAUGGCGACAAGGUUGGGCCUCUGACUCCGGAGAUCGAGAAAAAGCUCCGGAGAAAACUAUACCUGCGACUUAUUGUGCUGGUAUCUGCCAUCAAUAUUGUGUUAUUUAUUGACAAGUCAACCCUGGGCUAUGCAGCCAUUCUCGGUCUCUUCCAAGAGACUGGUAUUACUCAGGCUCAAUAUAACAACCUCAACACAAUGUUCUAUGUUGGAUACCUCGCCUGGCAAUGGCCAGGGCAUUAUUUGAUGCAGCGCCUUCUCUUUGGCAAAUAUGUUGCCGCCACCAUAUUUUCAUGGUCUGUGAUCAUCUUUCUUCAUUGCGUGGCAACCAAAUACGCGGGCUUGGUUGUCGUUCGGCUUGCCCUCGGAGCCUCCGAGGCUGUCAUUGUACCCGCUAUUGAAGUCACUCUCGGCAUGUUCUUCAACCGACAAGAACAAUCUUUCUUGCAGCCUAUUCUGUGGAUAACAUGCCAAGGAGCACCUAUUGUGGCCGGAUUCAUUGCUUAUGGGCUAUUGUGGUCGAGCGGACCGGUACUACCAUGGAAACUUCUUCACAUCGUUACUGGCGGUAUCACUUUGUUCCUUGCCAUUUGGGUCUGGAUCGAGUACCCGAGCAACCCGGCAGAGGCUCGAUUCUUGACGCUUGAGGAGAAGGUGCAUGUCAUUCGCCGUGUCCACGAGUCGCAACAAAGCUCCAUCGAACAAAAGCAGUUCAAACGCUCCCAGGUUACUGAAGCCCUUAGGGAUCCUGUUACUUGGCUUUUUACUUUGCAAGCAUUCACUUUGAUGUACUGCAACAACCUCACUUACGGACAAAAGAAUCUACUCGUUACUUCUCUGGGAGUCACGCCUCUGGAAUCUACGCUGGUUGCAGUAGCCGGCGGCGGAUUUGGAAUCCUUAACUGUAUUGUUGCUGCAUUUGCUCUGAAGAAAUUCCCCAACAACCUGGCCUUGCACAGCUCUGUGUGGUGCUUGAUCGCUGUGGCUGGAGGUAUCGGGAUGGUCACAGUGCCUUGGGAUCGCACAAUCGCUUUGUUGGCCUGUAUGUUCCUCUCGGCACAUACAUAUGGCGUCACGUACAUCAUUGCCCUUGGCUGGACCAACUCAUCUGCUGCUGGCUAUACCAAGAAGCUCACGCGGAACGUCAUGUUCAUGCUGGGAUACAGCAUAGGCAACUUGGUCUCUCCACAAAUUUGGGUUCCCUCGGCCAAACCGAGAUACUAUGGAGCCUGGGCUUCAAUGAUUGUGGUGAGCUGGGUCGGAACUCCAACUAUUCUCUGGAUUAUCCACUUCAUCCUAGCACGGCGGAACAGGAUUAGAAAGGAGAAGAUCGCACAAGGACUGACUAACAAUGCAUAUGUCGAGGAAGUGGAUGAGAAUGGGGAAACGAUCAAGGUCAAGGUCGAUCUUGCCGUGUUGGACCUCACAGAUCUUGAAAAUGAAGAGUUCAUCUAUCCUUUGUAA